UUAUUUGACGCGAUAGAACAGCAACCAAUCUUUGGAAAUUGGGUCAAUAAUCUGCAAAUACUGCUGGCAGUAACGGCGUGCAAGUAUUCUUUCCAAAUGAGAAUACUGUUGCUUCUGAACCAAAUGCAAAACUCGCCAGUGGGCCAGUGAUAAAACGACUAAUAAAAUUUUUUAGUUCAUAUAAUACUAUAGUGUGACCUACAGCGUCAACAUUCAGUAGAGUGGCUUAAACAUCAAAAUUUUGUACGGUUUGCUGAAAGUUUCCAUUCAGCAAUCCUAUUCCAAAAUACAUCAUACUACCAUGUCUGCAAAUGAUUCCUUGUCCGAAUGCUGUCGGUGCUGUAUGCUACAGAAAGAUGGCCUUGUCCACCUAUUUGUAAAACUGGAAGAGUUUGGACGUCCGAUCAGCGAUUUAAUUUUCAGCUGUAGUGGAGUUAUGGUUUCGAACGACGAUUGUUUGCCCCAAAAUAUCUGUAAAGCCUGUCUGGAUGAUUUGACCAUAGCUGCACGUUUCCAAGAUCGUUGCCGCCAGUCUGAUACAUUCUUACGGAACGAAUCUAUUCCUGUUCAAAACACGGACGAAAUGACUCCAAUCGAGUCAAUUCUAAUCAAAAUCGAACACACGGAUGAUGAUGAUGAUGAUGAAAAAAGCACACAUUACACAGAACAAUCCUUCUCGGAUGCAUCGCUUUGGUCGAACCUUGAGUCACAGGUAAACAUAAAGGAUGGUGGGACGGUCGAUCUUAAAUACGAAUGUAAUAUUUGCGACCGCAAAUUUUCCUCAUCCAGUACGAAGAGCCGCCAUCGGUUCGUGCAUACGGGCGAACGUCGGCACCAGUGCGACAUUUGCGGCCGCAAAUUUGCCACAUCCAGUAUGAAGAGCCGCCAUCGGUUCGUGCACACGGGCGAACGUCGGCACCAGUGCGACAUUUGCGGUAAGACUUUUACGCAGAAAAUCAAUAUGAUCGAACACCGGCGUGUGCACACCGGUGAACGGCCGCACGUCUGCGCCGUUUGCAGUCGCGCAUUUGCCAAGCAAACUCACCUGAAUCGGCACAAGCGAAUCCACACCGGUGAGCAGCGGCACGCCUGCGGCUUCUGUGGCAAACGAUUCACCCGGGCCGAGCGGUUGAAAACUCAUAACUGCGUGGAUAAAUUGAUAACGAAAACGCAAAAAUAGAACUGCUAGGUAGUCGUUUGUUGCGGCCUUAGGAUUGUUCGUUAAGUCAGAGUUGGAUGUAUUUUUUUGAAUCACGACAAAAUAUUUAUAAACAGUAUUAUCGAUAAUUUUUAUUCGAUCAUUUUCCUCUGUUUAAUACCUAUUAGGUAAAUAAAGCUC